AUGGAUGAUUGGUAUUCAUACCAUGGCGUGCCAAAGAAAGAAAAGCUGAGCCAUGCCAUCAAACAACUCACCGGAAGUGCAGACAAAUGGUGGAAAGGUGUAGAUAGUGCAAGAUGGAAGAGUCAAAGAGAGACUAUCAAAACGUGGGAAGAUCUUAAAGAGGCCAUGAUCAGGAAGUAUGUAUCCUCACUUCCAACACCAGAUAUUAGAGAAAGGUACCCAAGGAGGUUUUCAAGCCAUGGGUCCAAAGAGGCAAAGAGAGUGGUGCCACAACAAGGCCAUAGAAGCUUGAUCCAUCAAGAUCAGAUUCGGCCAAACCAGGGGCACACGGUUUUCUAUGAUCAAUCCCAACCUUAUGAGGUCCCAAAGACCAUGGAGAGAAAGAACUUUGUCAGCCAAGACACUCCAAGAGACAAGGAGAUUUUAAACCCAAAGGAAGAAGACCCAUCAAGCCAAGGUGUUGUAACAGGAAUUAAAGAGCAUGAAUUCAAAGGAGAAGAGCCACCAGGCGCCACACCAGUGACGAACCAGGAGAAGGUUCAAGACACAAUGCAGUUCAUGUUGCUUAAAGAAGCAAAACCAAGAGUAAAUAUGAAAGCUAUUUUCUUACUGAAGUUCCAAGGAAAGAACCAGACCAUAAGCCCAGCCAUGAACCACCUCACAAGUGGAAGUCUAGUGUUGAACAAUGUGUUCAAAUGCCAAGACUUAAGGUUAUACAGUUUCAAGGUCGAAACCUUUUCAAGGGGGAGGGAAUGUUGCGGCCAGCAAUUCAGCAGCUGA